AUGCUGACAUCCUGUUGGAUAAAAUUUCGCCUGAUGUUAUUUGGGAACCAUUAAAGGGCAUUCGGAUACUGGUCUCGUUUGUACUUCGCUCUUGGGACCUUGCGAAGGUGUUGUGCAAGCUAUAUAGGCUUGGACUUUAUGGACGACAUCACGUGUUAUUGGCCUAUUUUUCUGGAACAGCUCUUGAAACCAUAGGUGCGUCUAGUUACGGAUGCAGUGCAACUGAAGUAUCGAAAGUUCUCGAGGGAACCAUUGCUUGCUCUGAAGCUGUUUCGACAAUUCUUGGCUUGUAUAGCAAUCACAGACAUUUUGCAAAGAACACAACAUAUGCAGAGUUGGAACAUCUUCUUAAGCCAAUGUCCUUGCCUACAACGAUCCGUUUUCAGCAUUUGUUUUAUGAUAACAUUUGGGCAAUAGCAUUGGCGAUUAAUGCAACUCUGAAGAAUUAUACCGUGGACGAAGUCAAGAAUUAUAAGCACAGUGCUAACAAGAACAAACCAUUACUUGAUUCACUUUACAAACGUCUUCUGGAUGUAGAUUUUGAAGGAGUAUCGGGCCAUUACUUUUAUAAUAAAUCAACUGGAGCAAAACAGACUGACAGUUACGUUGGAAUUUGGGACUCAAAAAGGAACUUGUCCAAAAUUGGUUAUUUUGAUAAGAAAGGGAACAGUCUGAUUAUGACACAGCCCCCUGCCAUCAUAUGGAAGUCAAAAGGUACACGUGUACUGAAGGACUUAUUGUGAUUCAAUAUGUAUUUUUUAGCAUUCUCAAUUAUUGUUCAGGUUGUGCACCAUAAGC